AUGUCAGGUCCCUGCUUCAAGGCGAGCGCCCAGGCAACCGCCAUAUCUCAGGUCCAAGAUCCGCUCAUUACUGGCCUCACCACCGGCAAUGCCCAAGCAGUGGCCCAAGCACUUGCCAAGGUUCAAAAUACUGACAAUGCCCAGGCAUUCGCCAAGGCCACAGCCCAGGCCUUCACACAAGCGCCCAACAAGCAGCUUGCGGCGCGCGCAUUUGCAGAUGCUUAUGCUCAGACAGCCAACACCAAUAUCAACGCUGCUGCGUUGGCUGCUGCCCAGGCCGCAACUCAGGGUGGCGACACUCUGAGCGCCUACGCUGCCGCCGCGGCAGAGGCCUUUGCAGAGGGCGGCAGCACCGCCAAUGCAUGGGUCAAGGCAUGGGCCGCUGCAAUCGCGCAGUUUGGCUGCGACACGGUCAAGCCAGCACUUGCAGCUGCAUCAGCUCAGGCACAGGCUCAGGCGGGAGCAGGAGCAGCUUUCGCUCAGGCAAUUGCCUCUUCUAGUGCCGUGCAGCAGUGCCUCCAGGGGAGCAGCUCCACAGCGACAGCAUCUGCCAAGGCACAGGCCUCCUCCAUCGGUGCAAACUCCAAUGCAAUUGCAGACGCAAGGGCCGUUGCCGGGACCAAUGGUCGCAAGAUGCUGGCAGAAUCUUGA